ACUCUUCCCAAAAAGCCUAAUGUGCUGCUCAGUACUUUGCUGAUGGCAGAGGGGAUAUCACAUGGAAAAAGCCAAUGAGACCUCCCCUGUGAUGGGGUUCAUCCUCCUGGGCCUCUCUGCCCAUCCAGAGCUGGCAAAGACAUUCUUCGUGCUCAUCCUGCUGAUGUACCUGGUGAUCCUGCUAGGCAACGGUGUCCUCAUCCUGGUGACUAUCCUUGACUCCCGCCUGCACACGCCCAUGUACUUCUUCCUGGGGAACCUCUCCUUCCUGGACAUUUGCUACACGACCUCCUCAGUCCCACUGGUCCUGAACAGCUUUUUGACUCCCCAGGAGAUCAUCUCCUUCUCAGCCUGUGCUGUGCAGAUGGCACUCUCCUAUGCCAUGGCAGGAACAGAGUGCCUGCUCCUGAGCAUCAUGGCAUUUGAUCGCUACGUGGCCAUCUGCAACCCCCUUAGGUACCCUGUGGUCAUGAGCAAGGCUACCUACGUGCCCAUGGCUGCCAGCUCCUGGGCAGCUGGAAGCACUGCCUCCAUGGUGCAGACAUCCCUUGCAAUGAGGCUGCCCUUCUGUGGAGACAACAUCAUUGACCACUUCACCUGUGAGAUUCUGGCUGUCCUGAAGUUGGCCUGUGCUGAUAUCUCUGUCAAUGUGAUCAGUAUGGGAGUGACCAAUGUGAUCUUCCUGGGGGUCCCAGUUCUGUUCAUCUCUUUCUCCUAUGUCUUCAUCCUUGCCACCAUCCUGAGGAUCCCCUCAGCAGAGGGGAGAAAAAAGGCCUUCUCCACCUGCUCUGCCCACCUCACUGUGGUGGUCAUCUUUUAUGGGACCUUAUUCUUCACGUAUGGGAAGCCCAAGUCUAAGGACUCCGUGGGAGCAGACAAAGAGGAUCUUUCAGACAAACUCAUCCCCCUCUUCUAUGGGGUGGUGACCCCCAUGCUCAACCCCAUCAUUUACAGCCUGAGGAACAAGGAUGUGAAGGCCGCUGUGAGGAGCCUGCUGAGACCAAAAGGCUUCACUCAGUGAUGGCGGAGGGGUCCUCUGUGUUUGUCACCCACUUGGAUGUAAGGAAUCACAAUCACAUCAGCUGCCAUUCAAAAGUCAAGUCAUGUGACCUAAGUCCAUUUGCAGGAAAUGUUAA